AUGGCUGCCUCUUUCUUCAAUAACAAGGCCCGCGCCGCAGCGGUCGCGGCGUCCAGCAGCUCCAAGUCCAAGGCCGGCGACAACAAGGAAGAAUCAACUCGUCUCCAGCCAUGGGUUGAAAAAUACCGACCCAAGUCAUUGGACGAUGUUGCCGCGCAAGAACACACCACCAAAGUCCUGCAGCGCACCCUCCAAGCUUCAAAUCUUCCCCAUAUGCUGUUCUACGGACCUCCUGGAACAGGAAAAACCUCUACCAUUCUCGCGCUUGCCAAAUCCCUCUUCGGGCCCGCCCUCUACCGCUCCCGCAUCCUAGAACUGAACGCCUCCGACGAGCGAGGUAUCGGCAUUGUUCGUGACAAAGUGAAGAACUUCGCCCGCGCCCAGCUCUCCCAGCCUACAGGUCUUGAUGCCGCCUACCGCGCUCAAUACCCAUGCCCACCAUUCAAGAUCAUCAUCCUCGACGAGGCAGACAGCAUGACACAAGACGCGCAGUCCGCUCUGCGCCGCACAAUGGAAACAUACAGUCGGAUUACGCGUUUCUGUCUAGUGUGCAACUAUGUCACGCGUAUUAUCGAGCCGCUCGCCAGUCGAUGCAGCAAGUUCCGCUUCAAGAUGCUGGAUAAUAGCGCUGCGGGCUCGCGUGUUGCGAAUAUCGCCGAGCAGGAGGGUCUGGAACUUGAAGACGGUGUUAUCGAUACUCUGAUCCGUUGUGGUGAGGGUGACUUGCGUCGUGCUAUUACAUAUCUGCAGAGUGCGGCCCGUCUCGUCGGGGCCGCUCGCGGCCCAGCCAAGGAUGCUGAUGACGACGCUGAAAUGACUGAUGCGGGCAGUAGCCGGCUCAUUACCAUUAGAAGCAUUGAAGAGAUUGCCGGCGUCGUGCCGGAUAGUAUUGUCGAGUCCCUUGUGCAGGCAAUGCAGCCUGCCGGUAGUGGGUCCGCAUACGAUGCAGUUUCGAAGGUGAUUACGGAUCUUGUGGCGGAUGGCUGGAGUGCUACACAGGUUCUUGGACAGCUGUAUCAACGUAUUGUCUUCAGUGAGGCUAUACCCGACAUCCAGAAAAACAAAAUUGUCAUGCUGUUCUCGGAGAUGGACAAGCGGUUGGUCGAUGGAUCUGAUGAGCACCUCUCCAUGCUAGACUUGACGCUACGGAUCUCUGGCAUCCUACGUGGAAACUAA